ACGAAAAUAAAUAAAUAAUAUUAUUACAAGACCCAGAAAGAAAUACUUAUCAACUUAUUACAUCUUUGUAGUAUUGUGUGAAUCAGUUAGUUCAACAUGAAGUUGAUUGAAACCCUAAGCUUCAUGUUGCUCGCCAUGGCCGUAGCAGUAACUGCUCAAAACCCUGUGCUCGACACCUCCGGCGAGCCUCUCCGCCGGGGCGCGGAGUAUUACAUCAAGCCCGCAAUAACUGAUAACGGCGGUCGCUUCACUUUGAUCGACAGGAACGGAUCCUGCCCGUUCUACGUCGGUCAGGAGAACUCGUCUGCCGCGAAGGGCCUUCCGGUGACCUUUGAACCGUUUUUCAAGGAAGAGAAUAUCGUGAGGGAGAGGAGGGAUUUCAAGGUCUCGUUUGCGGCGGUGACGGUUUGCGUGCAGUCGACCACAUGGCAGCUUGAUGGCGAACUUAUCAGCACCGGAGAUGAUGGAGCUGGUUUUAACAACUAUUUUCAUAUUAGUCAUGGGCAGGUUGAGAGCACGUAUUUCAUGGGGUGGUGUCCGCAAGACCCUUGUCUACCUGCUGAUUGUAGUUGGUUCAGAUGUGGGCAAGUUGGGGCUAUAGUUGAGAAUGGGAAAAGAUUGUUGGUGUGGGAUGGUAAUCCUGCGAUUCCUGUUGUCUUUGAGAGAGCUUAGAAGAAGAAAGUUUCUAUAAGAAAAAGAAUAAGUCAAAGUCAGCAUUGAUCGUAUGUAUUAUUAUUGAACCGUAUUACAAUAAAUGGAGCUAACCAAUAUAGCUUAGCUACAUAUCCGAUGACCGUCAUGUAACAACAGAAAGGAAAAUCUCCUUAGAAACAAGUUUGUAAUUGUUUACUUUGGCUUAAUUAAGAUAUUAACUAUAUAUUAUGUUUUCUUCUUUGA